AUGACAGCUCGACUCGGUCUGAGACUCCCCAACCACAUCUGCCAAAGACCUAUACACGAUCCAGCAUGCCACCCCCCUCCUCCUCCACCCCCUCCUCCACCGCCUGGGGGAGUCCCCGGGGCUGGACUUCCAGCACGGUUGCCUGCAGGUUCCGGUAAUAGGAAUGCUCUGCUCUCCGAUAUCCAAAAGGGAAGGUCCCUCAAAAAAGCCGUCACCAACGAUCGAUCUGCGCCUGUUGUAGGCAAAACAUCCUCUUCAGGAGGCCCUCCUGUGGGAAGUGCACCCCCGGUCCCUGGCGGACUGGCGCCUCCGGUACUUGAAAGUCGGGCAAGAAGGAAUAGCGAUCAAGGAUCAACCCAAAAUGGAGCAGUCGUAGUGGAUUCAGCGCCUCAACUCGGUGGCUUGUUCGCGGGUGGCAUGCCCAAGUUGAAGAAGCGUGGAGGCGGCGUCGACACCGGAGCAACCUCGGAGGCCUCGUAUCUCUCCGAUCCUGGAGAAUCAAGGAUUUCAGCGCCUAAACUUCCCGGUGUCCCAAAGGCUCCAGGAGGAGCUGCUCCCGCGAUACCGGGUAGUUUGCGAAAGAUUACACCCCUGGGGGGGUCAAAGCCACCUCCACCGCCGAUAGGGAAAAAACCGCCGCCUCUGCCAACUUCCAGGAAACCAUCAUCAAAGACAGUUCCGGCGCUGGGAGCUGCUCCAGCACCUCCUCCUCCGCCGCCGCCGUCGAGUGCAGCGCCAACUCCCUCCGGACCUCCUCCUCCUCCUCCUCCUCCUUCCCUGGCCUCCUCAGCACCUUUCUCAGCAGCACCUCCUCCUCCACCACCUGCCUCAGCGCCUCCUUUGCCUGCAAUUUCUCCAACGCCCCGAUCUCAACCUCCUCCACCGCCCUCCCUUCCCGUGAGCUCGGCAUCUGCUCUGUCUCCAAGCGCAGCACCGCCUCCGCCCCCCCCCAGCGCAGCGCCGGCUCUGCCGGUAUCACACUCCCCACCCACACCGCCUCAAUCACGAAGCCGAGGAGCCUCUUUACUACAAUCCAUGCUGGACCCGAGUUCUUACACUCUGUCUGCCAAUGGCGCCAACUCACCGAGCCCGAGCCCACACCACUCUCAUUCACCAACUCUAAGCAACUAUUCGCGGUUCAUUAUCAACGAUUCGAGAUGGCAGUUCAAGGAUGAAAGCUUGCUUCCGAAACCUAGAGAUUUCACUGGAGGACCCAAAAAGUAUAGAGCGGGAAGAGGGAGUAGUGUGCCGUUAGAUUUGAAUGCUUUGUAA